GCCACUUUUCCUAGCAGGGAACCCAUAGCUGGCACCCAUCACCCACUAUAGCACAUAGUAUUUGGAGUCUGAUUGUAGAUCAGAGGGAGUGUGAGGUUCACCCAUCUUUGCUAAAAUGGCUCAACUGCUGAACAGCAUUCUCACUGUGAUUGAGGUGUUCCAGAAACAUGCUAAAGAGAAUGGGAACUGUACCUCACUGUGCAAGAAGGAGUUGAAGCAGCUGCUCUUGGUUGAGUUUGGAGACAUCCUCCGGAGACCAAAUGACCCAGAGACUGUGGAAACCAUCCUGAGCCUCUUGGAUAAAGACAGAAAUGGACAUGUUGAUUUUCAUGAAUAUCUCUUGUUGGUGUUUCAAUUGGCCCAAGCCUGCUAUCAUAAACUAAAUAAUAGGUCAUGUGGAGAUAGAAUCUCUCAGCAAGAAGGGGAGCAGGAGGGAACACAAGACCAUAAGUUCCCAGAAAAUACAGGCAGACAACACAGGCAGAGGCAUGAGGAAGAAAGGCAGGACUCCCAUUGCACUCAGUCCGAGAGACAAAACCAGGAUGUACACCAGGAUCAGUCUGAGAGACAGGGUAGGGACUCCUGCUAUGGUCAGGCUGAGAGACAGGAUAUGGACUCCCAUUGUGGUCAGUCUGAGAGACAGGAUAGGGACUCCCACUAUGGUCAGUCUGAGAGACAGGAUACAGACUCCCACUAUGGUCAAAGAUGGAGUCAUAAAUCUAGCAGUAGCCAGCCUAAAAGACAAGGAUAUAUCUUUGCCUUAAAUCAAUGUGAGAGACAAAUUCACAAUUCUUGUUAUGGCCAGACAAACCAACAGGAAUCAGGCUUUUAUUAUGGACCGUCUGGGAGGCUGGAUCAGAAAUCAGGUUAUGGUCAGAGAGAUAGGCAAGAAUUGCCUCAAUAUAGCCAGACAGACAGACAAGACCAGAGUUCCCACUCUAGCCAGACAGACAGACAAGGCCAGAGUUCCCACUAUGGCCAGACAGUCAGACAAGGCCAGAAUUCCCACUAUGGUCACACAGACAGACAAGGCCAGAGCUCCCGCUAUGGCCAAACAGACAGACAAGGCCAGAAUUCCCACUAUGGUCAGACAGACAGACAAGGCCAGAAUUCCCGCUAUGGCCAGAUAGACAGACAAGGCCAGAGUUCCCACUAUGACCAGUCAGACAGACAAGGACAGAGUUCCCACUAUGGCCAGACAGACAGACAAGGCCAGAAUUCCCACUAUGACCAGACAGACAGACAAGGCCAGAAUUCCCGCCAUGGUCAGACAGACAGACAAGGCCAGAGUUCUCACUGUGGCCAGACAGACAGAGCAGGCCAGAGUUCUCAUUAUGGCCAGACAGACAGACAAGACCAGAAUUCCCACUAUGGUCAGACAGACAGACAAGGCCAGAAUUCCCGCUAUGGUCAGACAGACAGACAAGGCCAGAGUUCUCACUAUGGCCAGACAGACAGAGCAGGCCAGAGUUCCCACUAUGACCAGUCAGACAGACAAGGACAGAGUUCCCACUAUGGCCAGACAGACAGACAAGGCCAGAAUUCCCACUAUGACCAGACAGACAGACAAGGCCAGAAUUCCCGCCAUGGUCAGACAGACAGACAAGGCCAGAGUUCUCACUAUGGCCAGACAGACAGAGCAGGCCAGAGUUCUCACUAUGGCCAGACAGACAGACAAGACCAGAGUUAUCAUUAUGGCCAGACAGACAGACAAGGCCAGAAUUCCCGCCGUGGUCAGACAGACAGACAAGGCCAGAGUUCUCACUAUGGCCAGACAGACAGAGCAGGCCAGAGUUAUCAUUAUGGCCAGACAGACAGACAAGGCAUGAGCUCUCAUUAUGGUCAGACAAAUAGAGAAUGCCAGGGCUAUUGUUCUGGCCAGACAGACAGAGAAGGCCACAGUAAUUGUUAUGGUCAGACAGACAGACAAGGCCUGAGUUCUCACCAUGGUCAGUCAGAGACUGGGAAGAUAGGGCAAAAUAGUUACCUUCAAGGGAGGGAAGAAAUAAGCAGAGACUCGUAUGUUGAGCAACCAGGAAGUUCAGGGAGACUAAGUCAACAGACUCAAGGACAAGAAGUGGCUCGAAAUCAGGGACAGAGAUUUCAGUCUAGGGAAGGGCAGCAGAACAGCCACCAGGCAUGGGAGCCCGAGGAGGAUAACCAACACCACCAACACAAACUCAUAGCACAAAUCAAGCAAGAAGUGCCACACGGUUAUAAAGAAGGUGAAUGGCAAUCAUGUAGUGGUGAGCAGGGCCACAGACAGACACAGGCCAGGCAUGAAGAGAGGCAGAGCCACCAGGCAGAAGGAGAGCAGGCCUGCCAAAGCUGGGGCAGACACGGUUGUGAGGGUCAGGAAACUCCAUGCAAGAUACAGGCCAGGCAAAACCAUGAAGAGGAACAAGGCCAUCAGAGACGGGACAGGCAAACCCACGAAGAUGAGCAGACCCAUCAGAGACGAGAGAAGCAAACCCACGAAGAUGAGCAGACCCAUCAGAGACAAGACAGGCAAACACAUGAAGAGAAUCAAAACUAUCAGCAAAAAUGGGAUAGGCAAACCCUUGAGGAGGAAGAAAGGUAUCAAGGGUUCCAGGAUCAACAACCUUAUGGGAUCCAGCAAGGCCGUGCUAAUAGAGAAAAAUUCCACAGGAAUGAAAAUAGCCAGAGGCAAAAUUCCCAGGGAGGAUGCAGUAACCUGACCCUCCAUCCCACCCAGAGCAGUGGGAGGCCCUCAAGGGGAGAACAGGGUGGAAGUCACCCUAACAAGGUAGCUUCUGCUCCCAACGCCCUCUAUAACUAUGUACAAGAGCAGAAAAGGAAUCAGCGCUAGGUUGUGCAUACACCAGAGCUAAAGCAGCCUGAAGCCAAAGAAAUCUACAUGUCAAGUUUAUCCUUACUUCUGUUUAAGAGAUUGAAAAUGUAUGUCUUCCUUCUCUCUUCUAUCUACUUGUAAAGAUGCUUUGAGGACUAGUA